UACGUCUGGACGCUGGGUCGCCUCGGGAGGCUCAGUAUCGCCGCCCAGAAGGAAGGAGGGCGCUUGUGCUAGGAUCUGCUAUGGUGCUGAAUUCCCGGGCAGAGCCGACCCAGACGCGGCGGUCGCGGCCAUGAAGGCGGGUGCCACGUCUAUGUGGGCUUCGUGCUGUGGGCUGCUGAAUGAAGUCAUGGGGACUGGAGCUGUCAGGGGGCAGCAGUCAGGAUUUGCAGGAGGCACUGGUCCAUUCAGAUUUACACCGAACUCUGAUUUUUCCACUUACCCACCAGCACCUACAGAAGGGCCUAAUAUAGUUUGCAAAGCCUGUGGACUUUCAUUUUCAGUCUUUAGAAAGAAGCAUGUAUGUUGUGACUGCAAGAAAGAUUUUUGCUCCGUUUGUUCGAUCUUACAAGAAAAUCUCCGUAGAUGUUCCACUUGUCACUUAUUACAAGAGACAGCCUUUCAGCGCCCUCAGUUAAUGCGACUGAAAGUGAAGGAUCUACGGCAGUAUCUCAUUCUUAGAAACAUACCGAUCGAUACCUGUCGAGAGAAAGAAGACUUGGUAGAUCUGGUACUGUGUCACCGUGGGCUGGGCUCUGAGGACAACCUGGACACAAGCAGUCUGAAUUCCUCAAGGUCCCAGACUUCUAGCUUUUUUACACAUUCAUUUUUUUCAAACUAUACAGCCCCAUCUGCUACUGUGUCUUCCUUUCAGGGAGAGCUUAUGGGUGGAGACCGGACCUUAGGAUCUGGAGUACUGGCACAGGUGCGAAGUGAAGUAGCUUCAGCAAACACAGAGGACGAUGAAGAUGAUGAUGACGACGAUGACGCCGACGAGGAUGGAGGGAACCUGGAGGAGCGGACAUCUGGCCUCGCUAAGAAGAGAGUGAGAGCUUCUCUGUCUGACCUGUCAAGCCUUGAAGACGUGGAAGGGAUGAGCGUGCGCCAGCUCAAGGAAAUCCUGGCUCGGAAUUUUGUCAACUAUUCUGGCUGUUGUGAAAAAUGGGAGCUAGUAGAGAAAGUAAACCGGUUAUACAAAGAGAAUGAAGAAAAUCAAAAGUCAUAUGGCGAGCGGCUGCAGCUGCAGGACGAGGAGGACGACAGCCUGUGCCGGAUCUGCAUGGACGCCAUCAUCGACUGCGUCCUGCUCGAGUGCGGGCACAUGGUCACCUGCACCAAGUGCGGCAAGCGCAUGAGCGAGUGUCCCAUCUGCCGGCAGUACGUGGUGCGCGCCGUGCACGUGUUCAAGUCCUGAAGCCGAGGACCCCCCAAGCUCGAUCCCAGACGUUUCAGUGCACAGAAGGGACUGGAAACUUCCUGUUCAAAAUUUGAAGCUAUUUUUUAAAAUUAUUUUCACGACUAACGGGGGACGGGAAAGAUUCAUCCUAAGUUGCAGCAACACUGGUCCAUGCCGUAUGCCUGUCAGCUGGAGGACUGGCUCAGUUUCCCAGUUUCUGCUGGGCUUCUUCACACAUCUCUGAUUACUAAUCGCUGAAGUCAGACCGCUUAUGGCAUCAGCUACUAUUCUCUUUGGAGGACAUUUAUCCUGUUCUCUUAUUUCUCCUUCAUCCUAUUUUUAACUUAAACUACUCAGAUGUUUGAAACUUCUGCUCUCUUUGGAUGAGGUCACUGUCUGCAAAUGGCCGACAUGGUACACGCUGAACAGGGGCACCUCUGAAUGUUCAUUUUAUUAGUCAUGGAUAUUUUAAAUGCUACUAUUUGAUGAAUGUAAUUUUCCACAUUGUUGCUAUUUCUGCGUUUAAACAUAAUUGGGAACAACUGACAUUCUAUAGUCAACUGCCAGGGCCUGAGACUAAACAUGUCCAUUUUUGUUCAGGUACAGCUUUUUUAUAGCGAGGGCUGCAUCUAGCUUCCUUCAUUAGAGAAGUGUGUGUGUGUUAAAUUCUUUAUUAACGUGUAAUCAGUUUACACGGUUUUAUAUAGUGAAAGUGUAUUUUCAGUGCGACCCACUAGCUAGUUUGAACUUUAGGAAUAAAAUUAGGUUUUAAAAAAUGCUUUUGUUUACAUUUGUCCUGGUCAGUUCCUAAUUCACUUCGGUACAGCAUGAAUGGAUGUCCAGGCCUGUUCUAGCACAUUCUUCAUGAGAGAAAGGAGCACCUUCAAAGAUGUUGUACCUCUCUACCUUUGCUGCUAAUUUACCAGUAAAUUUAACUACACAUUUGCCACAUACUGUGACCAGGUAUUGUGCCAGGUGCUUUAUGGUUACCUCCAGCAUUCUGAAAUAGAUAUUGCCUCACGUCACAGAUGGGGAACUUGAUCUCUGAGAAGUUAAAGAACUUGUCGAAAAUCUCACAGUUAAAAAGUCACAGGGGCCUUCCCUGGUGGCGCAGUGGUUGAGAAUCUGCCUGCUAAUGCAGGGGACACGGGUUCGAGCCCUGGUCUGGGAGGACCCCACAUGCCGCGGAGCAACUAGGCCCGUGAGCCACAACUACUGAGCCUGCGCGUCUGGAGCCUGUGCUCCGCAACAAGAGAGGCCGCGACGGUGAGAGGCCCGCGCACCGCGAUGAAGAGUGGCCCCCGCUUGCCGCAACGAGAGAGAGCCCUCGCGCAGAAACGAAGACCCAACACAGCCAAAAAUAAAUAAAUUUUUUUAAAAAUCCAA